AUGGCUCCUCAAAGACAGAUUUCUUUGCUUUGUACCAUGUUUUGUACUAUAGCAUUCAUCACUUGCGGAGCAGAAGGACAGAAUGAUGCUGAGCCAGAAGUAACUAUCACACUCGGACGGCUCAAAGGGAGACAGACAAAUGUGAAGGGGACAGACAGACUUGUAAAUGUUUUCCUUGGGAUUCCUUUUGCAAAACCACCUGUUGGAUCUUUGAGGUUUUCCCCACCUGAACCACCUGAAUCCUGGAAUGAUGUGAGAGAUGCCACUUCUUACCCACCACUAUGUCCUCAAGAUCUGUCUAUGUUGAAAAUAGCUGAAAAAAACUUUAAAGAAAAACACAUUCCAUUCCGAACUUCUGAGGACUGUUUGUAUCUAAAUGUUUACAGCCCUGCUGGUUCAAACAAGAAGGACAAGUUACCUGUAAUGGUGUGGAUCCAUGGAGGCAAUUUUAUAUUUGGUGGUGCUUCUAGGUAUGAUGGUUCUGCACUAUCAGCCUACGAGAAUGUUGUGGUAGUAAUAAUUCAGUACAGACUCGGACUCCUUGGAUUCUUCAGUACUGGUGAUGAACAUGCUCGUGGGAACUGGGCCUUUUUGGAUCAAGUAGCGGCUCUUCGGUGGAUCCAAGAAAAUAUUGAACACUUCGGUGGAGAUCCAGGAUCUGUCACGCUCUUUGGUGUGUCUGCAGGAUCUUGCUCUGUUUUUGCACAUGUUUUGUCUCCUUUGUCUAAGGGUCUCUUUCAUAAAGCAAUAUCAGAGAGUGGAAUUCUAAUCCCCCCUGAUAAAGAUUUGCUUCUUUCAACAUAUCUUAAG